GAAAUACCUGAAACACAGGGAAUCCUAUUUCAGGCACAUGUAAACCAUCAUUCACCAUUUGUUUUAUGGAAUAACCAUGGAAUGCGUGUUUUUUUAAAUAAAUUAUGUUUAUUUUUAAUUCAAGGUAAUUAAUAAGAUCAGGAAAUAAUUCGUGUAGUUUCGUAAAUAUGAGCAAAAAUCUGAAAAAGGGCAAAGGCCGUAGACGGUACUAGCGUCUGUUGGAAUAAAAAUGCCGCUAUGUAAAGUGCCAAUUACAUCCACACUAUCAGGCCCGAAGUUGGACCUUAACAAGAGUAUUUUUCCGUUUUACCAAAUAUCAGCACAUUAUUUACAAUAUUUGAAAUGUAAAAAAAAUAGUUCAUAUGCCAAAAUAUCAAACAUUGAAGAACAUUUUUGGCAAUUAGAGCCAAUUUUUACAUUUCAAAAAUUGUUAAUGAUGUGCUGAAACGAAAAACGAUUAUCAGUCCUGACAUCGGGACUGAUAUCGGGAAGUGUGGAUGUAAUUUGCGCUUAAUGCAAAAUCGCAUUCGGGCGUCUGUGAAGGCCCUUUAUUAGCUUAGGGGCGCGGGGCGUACCGGAUCGCGACCUUGGUACGGUCCGAGGCACGUUCGACCGAGUGGAAGGUGGUUUGCCGUACUUCUGUCACGGACGAAGCUAUGAGUGAAAGCGAGAAAGAGAAAAGCUGACGACCAAAGUCGCGUCCGUUACGCCUGUCUGUUAGCAAUUCAUAGGGCAUGUCAAAAAUGACGUUUUGUGUCAAACUUGUCUGAUACUCUAUAUUAUAGACUAUUUCUUUGGAAUAAAGUCUUUUCUUGACUACCAUUCCCAGCCUCCACCCCCCAGCUAUGAUAAUUUAUGUGAUAGGUAUGAUAUUUUUGUUUUGAAACUUGAAUCUAAACAGAUACAAAUGUCAUGUUGCAUCAUUAAAAUAUCGCGUUGCAUUACGAACUGCAUGUGUGAAUCGUAUUAAAAACAAACAUGGGUGUGUCGUGUCGGAUAUAUAUACGGAAACCUCGGGAAGGUAUCCACCGGGCUGGUCAACCUAUCAACGGGAUACUGAGCUACGCAAUCGACGAACCAACUGAGUACCAGACGGCUGUUUUAUCGCUUAUUGGCACGGCGAAAUGCAAAUGGACUGAACACGACGGUAACCAUUCGUACACUUACACCGGAAAAGAAGUAUUUUUGUCAAUGCAUGUGAAUAUUCUUAAUAAACCGUCGGAUGAAACAAUAACGUUGCCAGUUGGGGCGUACGAAUUUCGAUUCGAGUUUAUCAUGCCUUAUGAUAUACCAUCCAGCUUUGAAGAUAAACAUAGCAAUAUCACCUAUCAGGUAAAGGCGAAAUUUGAAAAGCCAAGUUUUUUUAGUCUUACAAGGAGGUUUGAGAAACAAAUCACUAUAUAUGGAAAUGUUAACCCUUCUACUCCCGUAGAAUCCGUAACUUAUGGACUCCAAAAGAAACUGUUUAGGUUAUUUUCUUCUACUGACCAUAUUGUGGAUUUGAAAGUGCGGAUUUCAAAAUCCUUUUUAACACCUGGUGAGAAUGCUACUUUGGAUUUGUCUGUGAUUAAUGAUAGUGAUACAGAAAUACCUUACCUCACAACGGAACUUUGCAGCAGGACAACUUACAUAGCAGAAGGGAUGUUUAGUAAUAAAACAAAAGUUGUUGAUAAAACAAUUGGUGGGUGUACAUGCACCACCCCACCGGUCUUAGCAUACAAAACUGCAAACUUUGCAAGUGUAGUUCCAACACCACCACACUUAUAUUCAAUACAGCAUUGUAAAAUUAUAAGCAAAGAGUUCUAUAUCCGAGUAAAUAUUCAUUUACCGUUUCCACAUAGAAAUGCCACAUCUGUUAUACCAGUAGUUAUUGGUGAGGGUCAUUAUGGAGAUUGUUCUGGGAUCGUAGAACUAGAAGACAAUUUUGAAACUGGCCUAGAAGCAACCAUUAGUGAUCCACCACCAUCCUAUUGGGAAGUGAUGAAUGAAGAUAAGAGCCAAGAUGAAAGUGGGUUGACAAGUAAAGAUAAAGAAUAAAAUUAAAAAUAGGGCAGAAGGAGGAGAAAUAAGUGAUCAUUAGUAAUUUUAAGUUGAAGGAUAAACUUGUUUUAGGUACAGUGUCAUUGCAACACUUAUAUUGAUAUCAUGAUGACUCAUAAUAUUGAAGAUAAAAGAAGGUUAUUCAAACAAUGAUCUAAAACAAUUACAUAAAGGGACUUCCCAGAUAUAUGUAUUCACACUAUUUGUGGCACAUUUCAAAUCUACAGAACAUGUUGCAUUAUGACAUAUCUAUGUUAUAUUAUUAUUUUAAGGCAUGUUACAUUAUAUAUUCAGCAUAAUUAUGUCCUUUUUAAUAGUAAGAACUUUUAGUUUGUCAAGACAUUUCCGUCAGUAAAAUAAGGCGGCAAAAAUGUAGGCGCAAAGGGUCAGUCUUCCAUACAAAAUUUGAAUUUCACGCCUUUUUUUACUCUCAAAGUGGGUUAACCAGGGUAUAUAUUUUUGGGUUAUUCCCACUACUUACCAGCAUGUUGUUACCAGUGGUAACUACAGGGAUUUCUUUUUUAUCAACAACUUGGUGGUAACUAGUGAGAAUAACCCACUGUUUUUUUUCUUUACUUAUUAGGUGAUAAGAUGAAAUUUUAUUUGCAAAUACUCAUGAUUUAUGUUAUUAAUAAUAUUUUAAUUGUAAUGCUUUUUAGAAAGUCAUAAAAUAAUGUAUCCUAAUAAUUAAGCAAUAUCUCUAUCAUCUAGUCUCCCAUGGAUCAAAACUUGCCAAGAUAAAUGCAAUUUUAAUUUGUCAAGUAAACAAUCAAGUCUGGGCAUGAUAUAACAAAGUUUCUUUACGAACUAGGAGUAUACAGGCAGAAUACCUAAUAAUUAAUAAAUUACUCAAUUAAAUA